AUGAUGCAAGAGAGAACGUUAACGUGCAGUACAGACAUUCGGUCCAUUAAACCGGGUGAUGUGGUUGCGUUGGUACUGACCAAUGACGAUAGUGGAGGAAUCAACUGGACGCUGGGGCAGGUAGUGUCAGCCCCUUACGCCCAGGAUGCUGAAAUACAGCUGUGGGAGCGGAGGUGGGAAUUGGUUGAUGAUGAUAACAGCGGCACCACCGUCAUUGGGGAGAGAGGCGCUAUGCUGCGUAAAGUAGAAGAAUCGAAGAAGGGGUUUGAACAGUGCUUACGGCGAGCGGCCGAGCUUACCGAGUCUCUUCGCAACGCACGAGCUGAAUUGAUGAGAACUAGUUCAGCAGCUGAGGCGCACUUGAUGCAGUCCCGCGCCGCAGUGUCUGCUGCCCGCUGCGAUGUUGAGUCGAUUUCGUACAACCAUUGGAAUGAGCUGAAGUCGUAUCGUUCACCACCCAAGAUGGUAACAACUAUCCUCCGCGCGGUGAUGUUGUUACUGAGUGAGGAUGGAGCCAAAACGUGGCCACAAAUGCAGAGUGUGUUACGCCAUCAGCACUUUCGCGCGCGCAUUCUAGAAUUCUCUGCAGACGAAGAACUGUCUAUUGAGAGAUGUAAUUUCAUUUUGCGGGAUUGCGUGAGUAGGCGUAGCUUCUGCUACGAUCGGGCUGUAGACGGCAGCAGGGCAAUGGGACCCAUAUACUACUGGACGCUCGCUCAAUUAGACAUAUGCCAUGCAGUGAAGGAGAAGGUUACUGCAGAGGAUAUUAUGGAAGAACAAAAGCGCGUAUUGGCUGACGUUAUGAAUGACAUUCAGAAGCAGCAGUACUCUAUGGGGAUGUAUCAAACCCAACUGGACAAGGUUAAUGAGGAAUUGCGUGCUUACAGGCAGAUGGGAUUUGGGGGUGGUGAAGAGACGGAGACGCAAGAGGGGGAUUCGAUGCAGCCCGCAAGGGCAGAAGAACACUCGGCCCCGAAAGACUUAGCGCUAGAGAGGUACCGGCAGAGUUUUGCCGGGGCGGAGAACAAAGAAUAUCUGCUACCUGCCUUCUACACGUGGGUGCCAACAAACUAUAGCAUCAUCGUUUUGCGAAAGAAUGUGCUCGUGGUACUUGGUUCACAAGAACUGCUAGGGGGGGAUAACCUGUACUCUCUCGAGGAACCCUGUAUUAGAUAUCUUGAUACCGUUAUGAUGCAGCGGUUAGCGAACAGUAGACGGGGGAAAUCAGAACAAGAAGAGAUGGACAUUAGCGAGGGGAUAUUUAUACCCACAACGCACUCCGUAGAUAAUAUCCCUUCUGGUACUAUCGGUGUGGUGCGCCGUGAAUACGCAGGGAAAGAUUGGGAGGUUAUCCUCUACUUUAGGCAAGCUGACAUUGAGCACACAUUUUGUGUCGAGACAGGAACAGCGGUGGGUGUGCCCAAAAGUAAUGUAAUAGUCACUCAUUCUUCUUACAACGAGGAACAAAACUGCUUGAUAAUUCAGGCGGAAUUACAGCAUGACAACUCUAUGACACAAAACGACUUGAGGGCUGCAGUCGCAGAAUACAACUACCCAUUGCUCAGAAGACUAUAUGAAGAAGAAUGCAAAAAUAUGUCACUGCAUAAUUUCACGUUGAGAGGUGACGACUGGAAAACUAUUGCUGAUGACCACAAGUAUGAAGUGAAAAAAGCAGCAGAAACAGAUAUUUACAAUCUUCACUGGUUAGCCAGUACGGCCGAUGUAUAUGUAACAAAAAUAUUAGCAACAAGCAGACUUCACGUCGAAUAUGUUGUGAGCAAGGGAAUAAAGAAAAGCAAUGAUUCUGGCAACAACAUACACAGCUACGAAUACCCACAAACGACCGCCAUUUACAAAAAAUAUACCGCGUACAAAAAAAUUAAAUACAAGAGAAGCUUCAUGGGUACAGAAUGGAAAUACAAAAUGCUCCACGAUAAAGAAAAAAUACACGACAUAUUUUUGCACGAAACAUCAACAGCACUGGAAGUGAAAACCGAAAAAAUCGUUGUCACUAACAUGCACGCAACUGAUCACAAUCUACAAGUCGAAUACAGCGUAUACGACAAUAAAAAGUCACCGGAGAGAAUAAAACACCAAAUACUUCAGCACCAAUACCCACGGCUUUGGAACUUCUAUAACGAAAAAAACCCAGUAAAUUACAACAAAUUAAUAUUAGAAAGUAAAAAACACACCAAACAUUUCGCAGGAAAAGAAUGGUACACUUCGAUUCACAACAAAAAAAAUGAAGUCGUGAAUGCCUUUAUCGAAGAAACGGCUGCUCAGUUGCAACUUAAUGAGGAACAGGUGCAGGACUUGGUCGUGAGUUACAGCGAGGGAAUGCUAAAACUUGAAUUUACCAUAACCCCACCACACAACCUAAAGAAGGAUGAUAUUGAUGAGCGUCUUAAUGAAUGUCCAUACACUGCUGUGUGGAUGCUGUAUGAAUCUAGACCACGGGAGUCAUCGGUACUGACAGAAAAAUUUGAGGGAGAUGACUGGGAUCUUGUGCUUAGUGGUGAUCGUGAAGGGUUGGAGAACGCAUUCCGUAAUGACGCUGCGUGUGCUCUCGGUGUCUCUCCACAGCAGGUGGUUAUCAUUGAUUGCCGACUCGGAAGUCUGUUGAUUGAUUAUAAAGUCAUUGGGUGCUCAUUAAAUGAUGCUGAUAUAUUAAGUACCCUUGCUGCAUGUCCCUUCUCUGAAGUGUGGUCACUAUAUGUGCCACGUGCUUCCGCUGCACGUGCGGCUAUGAUGGAGGAUUCAUCUUCUGCUACAGAAACGGUUACGCAACACCACGUGGAAUUUGAGGGUGAGGACUGGGAUUAUGUUUUGGAGAAGAGGAAACCUGAUGUCGUAAGUGCCUUUACCAAAGAAACGGCUGCUCAGUUGCAACUUAAUGAGGAACAGGUGCAGGACUUGGUGGUGAGUUACAGCGAGGAAAUGCUAAAACUUGAAUUUACCAUAACCCUACCACACAACCUAAAGAAGGAUGAUGUUGAUGAGCGUCUUAAUGAAUGUCCAUACACUGCUGUGUGGAUGCUGUAUGAAUCUAGACCACGGGAGUCAUCGGUAUUGACAGAGAAAUUUGAGGGAGAUGAUUGGGAUCUUGUGCUUAGUGGUGAUCGUGAAGGGUUGGAGAACGCAUUCCGUAAUGACGCUGCGCGUGCUCUCGGUGUCUCUCCACAGCAGGUGGUUAUCAUUGAUUGCCGACUCGGAAGUCUGUUGAUUGAUUAUAAAGUCAUUGGGUGCUCAUUAAAUGAUGCUGAUAUAUUAAGUACCCUUGCUGCAUGUCCCUUCUCUGAAGUGUGGUCACUAUAUGUGCCACGUGCUUCCGCUGCACGUGCGGCUAUGAUGGAGGAUUCAUCUUCUGCAACAGAAACGGUUACGCAACACCACGUGGAAUUUGAGGGUGAGGACUGGGAUUAUGUUUUGGAGAAGAGGAAACCUGAUGUCGUAAGUGCCUUUACCAAAGAAACGGCUGCUCAGUUGCAACUUAAUGAGGAACAGGUGCAGGACUUGGUGGUGAGUUACAGCGAGGAAAUGCUAAAACUUGAAUUUACCAUAACCCUACCACACAACCUAAAGAAGGAUGAUGUUGAUGAGCGUCUUAAUGAAUGUCCAUACACUGCUGUGUGGAUGCUGUAUGAAUCUAGACCACGGGAGUCAUCGGUAUUGACAGAGAAAUUUGAGGGAGAUGAUUGGGAUCUUGUGCUUAGUGGUGAUCGUGAAGGGUUGGAGAACGCAUUCCGUAAUGACGCUGCGCGUGUUCUCGGUGUCUCUCCACAGCAGGUGGUUAUCAUUGAUUGCCGACUCGGAAGUCUGUUGAUUGAUUAUAAAGUCAUUGGGUGCUCAUUAAAUGAUGCUGAUAUAUUAAGUACCCUUGCUGCAUGUCCCUUCUCUGAGGUGUGGUCACUAUAUGUGCCACGUGCUUCCGCUGCACGUGCGGCUAUGAUGAAGGAUUCAUCUUCUGCAACAGAAACGGUUACGCAACACCACGUGGAAUUUGAGGGUGAGGACUGGGAUUAUGUUUUGGAGAAGAGGAAACCUGAUGUCGUAAGUGCCUUUACCAAAGAAACGGCUGCUCAGUUGCAACUUAAUGAGGAACAGGUGCAGGACUUGGUGGUGAGUUACAGCGAGGAAAUGCUAAAACUUGAAUUUACCAUAACCCCACCACACAACCUAAAGAAGGAUGAUAUUGAUGAGCGUCUUAAUGAAUGUCCAUACACUGCUGUGUGGAUGCUGUAUGAAUCUAGACCACGGGAGUCAUCGGUAUUGACAGAAAAAUUUGAGGGAGAUGACUGGGAUCUUGUGCUUAGUGGUGAUCGUGAAGGGUUGGAGAACGCAUUCCGUAAUGACGCUGCGCGUGUUCUCGGUGUCUCUCCACAGCAGGUGGUUAUCAUUGAUUGCCGACUCGGAAGUCUGUUGAUUGAUUAUAAAGUCAUUGGGUGCUCAUUAAAUGAUGCUGAUAUAUUAAGUACCCUUGCUGCAUGUCCCUUCUCUGAGGUGUGGUCACUAUAUGUGCCACGUGCUUCCGCUGCACGUGCGGCUAUGAUGAAGGAUUCAUCUUCUGCAACAGAAACGGUUACGCAACACCACGUGGAAUUUGAGGGUGAGGACUGGGAUUAUGUUUUGGAGAAGAGGAAACCUGAUGUCGUAAGUGCCUUUACCAAAGAAACGGCUGCUCAGUUGCAACUUAAUGAGGAACAGGUGCAGGACUUGGUGGUGAGUUACAGCGAGGAAAUGCUAAAACUUGAAUUUACCAUAACCCUACCACACAACCUAAAGAAGGAUGAUAUUGAUGAGCGUCUUAAUGAAUGUCCAUACACUGCUGUGUGGAUGCUGUAUGAAUCUAGACCACGGGAGUCAUCGGUAUUGACAGAAAAAUUUGAGGGAGAUGAUUGGGAUCUUGUGCUUAGUGGUGAUCGUGAAGGGUUGGAGAACGCAUUCCGUAAUGACGCUGCGCGUGUUCUCGGUGUCUCUCCACAGCAGGUGGUUAUCAUUGAUUGCCGACUCGGAAGUCUGUUGAUUGAUUAUAAAGUCAUUGGGAGCUCAUUAAAUGAUGCUGAUAUAUUAAGUACCCUUGCUGCAUGUCCCUUCUCUGAGAUGUGGUCACUAUAUGUGCCACGUGCUUCCGCUGCACGUGCGGCUAUGAUGAAGGAUUCAUCUUCUGCAACAGGAACGGUUACGCAACACCACAUGGAAUUUGAGGGUGAGGACUGGGAUUAUGUUUUGGAGAAGAGGAAACCUGAUGUCGUAAGUGCCUUUACCAAAGAAACGGCUGCUCAGUUGCAACUUAAUGAGGAACAGGUGCAGGACUUGGUGGUGAGUUACAGCGAGGAAAUGCUAAAACUUGAAUUUACCAUAACCCCACCACACAACCUAAAGAAGGAUGAUAUUGAUGAGCGUCUUAAUGAAUGUCCAUACACUGCUGUGUGGAUGCUGUAUGAAUCUAGACCACGGGAGUCAUCGGUAUUGACAGAAAAAUUUGAGGGAGAUGAUUGGGAUCUUGUGCUUAGUGGUGAUCGUGAAGGGUUGGAGAACGCAUUCCGUAAUGACGCUGCGCGUGUUCUCGGUGUCUCUCCACAGCAGGUGGUUAUCAUUGAUUGCCGACUCGGAAGUCUGUUGAUUGAUUAUAAAGUCAUUGGGUGCUCAUUAAAUGAUGCUGAUAUAUUAAGUACCCUUGCUGCAUGCCCCUUCUCUGAGAUGUGGUCACUAUAUGUGCCACGUGCUUCCGCUGCACGUGCGGCUAUGAUGAAGGAUUCAUCUUCUGCAACAGAAACGGUUACGCAACACCACGUGGAAUUUGAGGGUGAGGACUGGGAUUAUGUUUUGGAGAAGAGGAAACCUGAUGUCGUAAGUGCCUUUACCAAAGAAACGGCUGCUCAGUUGCAACUUAAUGAGGAACAGGUGCAGGACUUGGUGGUGAGUUACAGCGAGGAAAUGCUAAAACUUGAAUUUACCAUAACCCCACCACACAACCUAAAGAAGGAUGAUGUUGAUGAGCGUCUUAAUGAAUGUCCAUACACUGCUGUGUGGAUGCUGUAUGAAUCUAGACCACGGGAGUCAUCGGUAUUGACAGAAAAAUUUGAGGGAGAUGACUGGGAUCUUGUGCUUAGUGGUGAUCGUGAAGGGUUGGAGAACGCAUUCCGUAAUGACGCUGCGCGUGUUCUCGGUGUCUCUCCACAGCAGGUGGUUAUCAUUGAUUGCCGACUCGGAAGUCUGUUGAUUGAUUAUAAAGUCAUUGGGUGCUCAUUAAAUGAUGCUGAUAUAUUAAGUACCCUUGCUGCAUGUCCCUUCUCUGAGAUGUGGUCACUAUAUGUGCCACGUGCUUCCGCUGCACGUGCGGCUAUGAUGAAGGAUUCAUCUUCUGCAACAGGAACGGUUACGCAACACCACGUGGAAUUUGAGGGUGAGGACUGGGAUUAUGUUUUGGAGAAGAGGAAACCUGAUGUCGUAAGUGCCUUUACCAAAGAAACGGCUGCUCAGUUGCAACUUAAUGAGGAACAGGUGCAGGACUUGGUGGUGAGUUACAGCGAGGAAAUGCUAAAACUUGAAUUUACCAUAACCCCACCACACAACCUAAAGAAGGAUGAUAUUGAUGAGCGUCUUAAUGAAUGUCCAUACACUGCUGUGUGGAUGCUGUAUGAAUCUAGACCACGGGAGUCAUCGGUAUUGACAGAAAAAUUUGAGGGAGAUGACUGGGAUCUUGUGCUUAGUGGUGAUCGUGAAGGGUUGGAGAACGCAUUCCGUAAUGACGCUGCGCGUGUUCUCGGUGUCUCUCCACAGCAGGUGGUUAUCAUUGAUUGCCGACUCGGAAGUCUGUUGAUUGAUUAUAAAGUCAUUGGGUGCUCAUUAAAUGAUGCUGAUAUAUUAAGUACCCUUGCUGCAUGUCCCUUCUCUGAAGUGUGGUCACUAUAUGUGCCACGUGCUUCCGCUGCACGUGCGGCUAUGAUGGAGGAUUCAUCUUCUGCAACAGAAACGGUUACGCAACACCACGUGGAAUUUGAGGGUGAGGACUGGGAUUAUGUUUUGGAGAAGAGGAAACCUGAUGUCGUAAGUGCCUUUACCAAAGAAACGGCUGCUCAGUUGCAACUUAAUGAGGAACAGGUGCAGGACUUGGUGGUGAGUUACAGCGAGGAAAUGCUAAAACUUGAAUUUACCAUAACCCUACCACACAACCUAAAGAAGGAUGAUGUUGAUGAGCGUCUUAAUGAAUGUCCAUACACUGCUGUGUGGAUGCUGUAUGAAUCUAGACCACGGGAGUCAUCGGUAUUGACAGAAAAAUUUGAGGGAGAUGAUUGGGAUCUUGUGCUUAGUGGUGAUCGUGAAGGGUUGGAGAACGCAUUCCGUAAUGACGCUGCGCGUGCUCUCGGUGUCUCUCCACAGCAGGUGGUUAUCAUUGAUUGCCGACUCGGAAGUCUGUUGAUUGAUUAUAAAGUCAUUGGGUGCUCAUUAAAUGAUGCUGAUAUAUUAAGUACCCUUGCUGCAUGUCCCUUCUCUGAGAUGUGGUCACUAUAUGUGCCACGUGCUUCCGCUGCACGUGCGGCUAUGAUGGAGGAUUCAUCUUCUGCAACAGAAACGGUUACGCAACACCACGUGGAAUUUGAGGGUGAGGACUGGGAUUAUGUUUUGGAGAAGAGGAAACCUGAUGUCGUAAGUGCCUUUACCAAAGAAACGGCUGCUCAGUUGCAACUUAAUGAGGAACAGGUGCAGGACUUGGUGGUGAGUUACAGCGAGGAAAUGCUAAAACUUGAAUUUACCAUAACCCUACCACACAACCUAAAGAAGGAUGAUAUUGAUGAGCGUCUUAAUGAAUGUCCAUACACUGCUGUGUGGAUGCUGUAUGAAUCUAGACCACGGGAGUCAUCGGUAUUGACAGAGAAAUUUGAGGGAGAUGACUGGGAUCUUGUGCUUAGUGGUGAUCGUGAAGGGUUGGAGAACGCAUUCCGUAAUGACGCUGCGCGUGCUCUCGGUGUCUCUCCACAGCAGGUGGUUAUCAUUGAUUGCCGACUCGGAAGUCUGUUGAUUGAUUAUAAAGUCAUUGGGUGCUCAUUAAAUGAUGCUGAUAUAUUAAGUACCCUUGCUGCAUGUCCCUUCUCUGAAGUGUGGUCACUAUAUGUGCCACGUGCUUCCGCUGCACGUGCGGCUAUGAUGAAGGAUUCAUCUUCUGCAACAGAAACGGUUACGCAACACCACGUGGAAUUUGAGGGUGAGGACUGGGAUUAUGUUUUGGAGAAGAGGAAACCUGAUGUCGUAAGUGCCUUUACCAAAGAAACGGCUGCUCAGUUGCAACUUAAUGAGGAACAGGUGCAGGACUUGGUGGUGAGUUACAGCGAGGAAAUGCUAAAACUUGAAUUUACCAUAACCCUACCACACAACCUAAAGAAGGAUGAUAUUGAUGAGCGUCUUAAUGAAUGUCCAUACACUGCUGUGUGGAUGCUGUAUGAAUCUAGACCACGGGAGUCAUCGGUACUGACAGAAAAAUUUGAGGGAGAUGAUUGGGAUCUUGUGCUUAGUGGUGAUCGUGAAGGGUUGGAGAACGCAUUCCGUAAUGACGCUGCGCGUGUUCUCGGUGUCUCUCCACAGCAGGUGGUUAUCAUUGAUUGCCGACUCGGAAGUCUGUUGAUUGAUUAUAAAGUCAUUGGGUGCUCAUUAAAUGAUGCUGAUAUAUUAAGUACCCUUGCUGCAUGUCCCUUCUCUGAGGUGUGGUCACUAUAUGUGCCACGUGCUUCCGCUGCACGUGCGGCUAUGAUGGAGGAUUCAUCUUCUGCAACAGAAACGGUUACGCAACACCACAUGGAAUUUGAGGGUGAGGACUGGGAUUAUGUUUUGGAGAAGAGGAAACCUGAUGUCGUAAGUGCCUUUACCAAAGAAACGGCUGCUCAGUUGCAACUUAAUGAGGAACAGGUGCAGGACUUGGUGGUGAGUUACAGCGAGGAAAUGCUAAAACUUGAAUUUACCAUAACCCUACCACACAACCUAAAGAAGGAUGAUAUUGAUGAGCGUCUUAAUGAAUGUCCAUACACUGCUGUGUGGAUGCUGUAUGAAUCUAGACCACGGGAGUCAUCGGUAUUGACAGAGAAAUUUGAGGGAGAUGAUUGGGAUCUUGUGCUUAGUGGUGAUCGUGAAGGGUUGGAGAACGCAUUCCGUAAUGACGCUGCGUGUGCUCUCGGUGUCUCUCCACAGCAGGUGGUUAUCAUUGAUUGCCGACUCGGAAGUCUGUUGAUUGAUUAUAAAGUCAUUGGGUGCUCAUUAAAUGAUGCUGAUAUAUUAAGUACCCUUGCUGCAUGUCCCUUCUCUGAGAUGUGGUCACUAUAUGUGCCACGUGCUUCCGCUGCACGUGCGGCUAUGAUGAAGGAUUCAUCUUCUGCAACAGAAACGGUUACGCAACACCACGUGGAAUUUGAGGGUGAGGACUGGGAUUAUGUUUUGGAGAAGAGGAAACCUGAUGUCGUAAGUGCCUUUACCAAAGAAACGGCUGCUCAGUUGCAACUUAAUGAGGAACAGGUGCAGGACUUGGUGGUGAGUUACAGCGAGGAAAUGCUAAAACUUGAAUUUACCAUAACCCCACCACACAACCUAAAGAAGGAUGAUAUUGAUGAGCGUCUUAAUGAAUGUCCAUACACUGCUGUGUGGAUGCUGUAUGAAUCUAGACCACGGGAGUCAUCGGUAUUGACAGAGAAAUUUGAGGGAGAUGACUGGGAUCUUGUGCUUAGUGGUGAUCGUGAAGGGUUGGAGAACGCAUUCCGUAAUGACGCUGCGCGUGCUCUCGGUGUCUCUCCACAGCAGGUGGUUAUCAUUGAUUGCCGACUCGGAAGUCUGUUGAUUGAUUAUAAAGUCAUUGGGUGCUCAUUAAAUGAUGCUGAUAUAUUAAGUACCCUUGCUGCAUGUCCCUUCUCUGAAGUGUGGUCACUAUAUGUGCCACGUGCUUCCGCUGCACGUGCGGCUAUGAUGGAGGAUUCAUCUUCUGCAACAGAAACGGUUACGCAACACCACGUGGAAUUUGAGGGUGAGGACUGGGAUUAUGUUUUGGAGAAGAGGAAACCUGAUGUCGUAAGUGCCUUUACCAAAGAAACGGCUGCUCAGUUGCAACUUAAUGAGGAACAGGUGCAGGACUUGGUGGUGAGUUACAGCGAGGAAAUGCUAAAACUUGAAUUUACCAUAACCCUACCACACAACCUAAAGAAGGAUGAUGUUGAUGAGCGUCUUAAUGAAUGUCCAUACACUGCUGUGUGGAUGCUGUAUGAAUCUAGACCACGGGAGUCAUCGGUACUGACAGAAAAAUUUGAGGGAGAUGAUUGGGAUCUUGUGCUUAGUGGUGAUCGUGAAGGGUUGGAGAACGCAUUCCGUAAUGACGCUGCGCGUGUUCUCGGUGUCUCUCCACAGCAGGUGGUUAUCAUUGAUUGCCGACUCGGAAGUCUGUUGAUUGAUUAUAAAGUCAUUGGGUGCUCAUUAAAUGAUGCUGAUAUAUUAAGUAACCUUGCUGCAUGUCCCUUCUCUGAGAUGUGGUCACUAUAUGUGCCACGUGCUUCCGCUGCACGUGCGGCUAUGAUGGAGGAUUCAUCUUCUGCAACAGAAACGGUUACGCAACACCACGUGGAAUUUGAGGGUGAGGACUGGGAUUAUGUUUUGGAGAAGAGGAAACCUGAUGUCGUAAGUGCCUUUACCAAAGAAACGGCUGCUCAGUUGCAACUUAAUGAGGAACAGGUGCAGGACUUGGUGGUGAGUUACAGCGAGGAAAUGCUAAAACUUGAAUUUACCAUAACCCCACCACACAACCUAAAGAAGGAUGAUAUUGAUGAGCGUCUCCACGAAUGUCCAUACACUGCUGUGUGGAUGCUGUAUGAACCUAGACCACGGGAGUCAUCGGUAUUGACAGAGAAAUUUGAGGGAGAUGAUUGGGAUCUUGUGCUUAGUGGUGAUCGUGAAGGGUUGGAGAACGCAUUCCGUAAUGACGCUGCGCGUGUUCUCGGUGUCUCUCCACAGCAGGUGGUUAUCAUUGAUUGCCGACUCGGAAGUCUGUUGAUUGAUUAUAAAGUCAUUGGGUGCUCAUUAAAUGAUGCUGAUAUAUUAAGUACCCUUGCUGCAUGCCCCUUCUCUGAGAUGUGGUCACUAUAUGUGCCACGUGCUUCCGCUGCACGUGCGGCUAUGAUGGAGGAUUCAUCUUCUGCAACAGAAACGGUUACGCAACACCACGUGGAAUUUGAGGGUGAGGACUGGGAUUAUGUUUUGGAGAAGAGGAAACCUGAUGUCGUAAGUGCCUUUACCAAAGAAACGGCUGCUCAGUUGCAACUUAAUGAGGAACAGGUGCAGGACUUGGUGGUGAGUUACAGCGAGGAAAUGCUAAAACUUGAAUUUACCAUAACCCUACCACACAACCUAAAGAAGGAUGAUAUUGAUGAGCGUCUUAAUGAAUGUCCAUACACUGCUGUGUGGAUGCUGUAUGAAUCUAGACCACGGGAGUCAUCGGUAUUGACAGAGAAAUUUGAGGGAGAUGACUGGGAUCUUGUGCUUAGUGGUGAUCGUGAAGGGUUGGAGAACGCAUUCCGUAAUGACGCUGCGCGUGUUCUCGGUGUCUCUCCACAGCAGGUGGUUAUCAUUGAUUGCCGACUCGGAAGUCUGUUGAUUGAUUAUAAAGUCAUUGGGAGCUCAUUAAAUGAUGCUGAUAUAUUAAGUACCCUUGCUGCAUGUCCCUUCUCUGAGAUGUGGUCACUAUAUGUGCCACGUGCUUCCGCUGCACGUGCGGCUAUGAUGAAGGAUUCAUCUUCUGCAACAGGAACGGUUACGCAACACCACAUGGAAUUUGAGGGUGAGGACUGGGAUUAUGUUUUGGAGAAGAGGAAACCUGAUGUUGUAAGUGCCUUUACCAAAGAAACGGCUGCUCAGUUGCAACUUAAUGAGGAACAGGUGCAGGACUUGGUGGUGAGUUACAGCGAGGAAAUGCUAAAACUUGAAUUUACCAUAACCCUACCACACAACCUAAAGAAGGAUGAUGUUGAUGAGCGUCUUAAUGAAUGUCCAUACACUGCUGUGUGGAUGCUGUAUGAAUCUAGACCACGGGAGUCAUCGGUAUUGACAGAAAAAUUUGAGGGAGAUGACUGGGAUCUUGUGCUUAGUGGUGAUCGUGAAGGGUUGGAGAACGCAUUCCGUAAUGACGCUGCGCGUGUUCUCGGUGUCUCUCCACAGCAGGUGGUUAUCAUUGAUUGCCGACUCGGAAGUCUGUUGAUUGAUUAUAAAGUCAUUGGGUGCUCAUUAAAUGAUGCUGAUAUAUUAAGUACCCUUGCUGCAUGUCCCUUCUCUGAGAUGUGGUCACUAUAUGUGCCACGUGCUUCCGCUGCACGUGCGGCUAUGAUGAAGGAUUCAUCUUCUGCAACAGAAACGGUUACGCAACACCACGUGGAAUUUGAGGGUGAGGACUGGGAUUAUGUUUUGGAGAAGAGGAAACCUGAUGUCGUAAGUGCCUUUACCAAAGAAACGGCUGCUCAGUUGCAACUUAAUGAGGAACAGGUGCAGGACUUGGUGGUGAGUUACAGCGAGGAAAUGCUAAAACUUGAAUUUACCAUAACCCCACCACACAACCUAAAGAAGGAUGAUAUUGAUGAGCGUCUUAAUGAAUGUCCAUACACUGCUGUGUGGAUGCUGUAUGAAUCUAGACCACGGGAGUCAUCGGUAUUGACAGAAAAAUUUGAGGGAGAUGACUGGGAUCUUGUGCUUAGUGGUGAUCGUGAAGGGUUGGAGAACGCAUUCCGUAAUGACGCUGCGCGUGUUCUCGGUGUCUCUCCACAGCAGGUGGUUAUCAUUGAUUGCCGACUCGGAAGUCUGUUGAUUGAUUAUAAAGUCAUUGGGUGCUCAUUAAAUGAUGCUGAUAUAUUAAGUACCCUUGCUGCAUGUCCCUUCUCUGAGGUGUGGUCACUAUAUGUGCCACGUGCUUCCGCUGCACGUGCGGCUAUGAUGAAGGAUUCAUCUUCUGCAACAGAAACGGUUACGCAACACCACGUGGAAUUUGAGGGUGAGGACUGGGAUUAUGUUUUGGAGAAGAGGAAACCUGAUGUCGUAAGUGCCUUUACCAAAGAAACGGCUGCUCAGUUGCAACUUAAUGAGGAACAGGUGCAGGACUUGGUGGUGAGUUACAGCGAGGAAAUGCUAAAACUUGAAUUUACCAUAACCCCACCACACAACCUAAAGAAGGAUGAUAUUGAUGAGCGUCUUAAUGAAUGUCCAUACACUGCUGUGUGGAUGCUGUAUGAAUCUAGACCACGGGAGUCAUCGGUAUUGACAGAAAAAUUUGAGGGAGAUGACUGGGAUCUUGUGCUUAGUGGUGAUCGUGAAGGGUUGGAGAACGCAUUCCGUAAUGACGCUGCGCGUGUUCUCGGUGUCUCUCCACAGCAGGUGGUUAUCAUUGAUUGCCGACUCGGAAGUCUGUUGAUUGAUUAUAAAGUCAUUGGGUGCUCAUUAAAUGAUGCUGAUAUAUUAAGUACCCUUGCUGCAUGUCCCUUCUCUGAGAUGUGGUCACUAUAUGUGCCACGUGCUUCCGCUGCACGUGCGGCUAUGAUGAAGGAUUCAUCUUCUGCAACAGAAACGGUUACGCAACACCACGUGGAAUUUGAGGGUGAGGACUGGGAUUAUGUUUUGGAGAAGAGGAAACCUGAUGUCGUAAGUGCCUUUACCAAAGAAACGGCUGCUCAGUUGCAACUUAAUGAGGAACAGGUGCAGGACUUGGUGGUGAGUUACAGCGAGGAAAUGCUAAAACUUGAAUUUACCAUAACCCUACCACACAACCUAAAGAAGGAUGAUAUUGAUGAGCGUCUUAAUGAAUGUCCAUACACUGCUGUGUGGAUGCUGUAUGAAUCUAGACCACGGGAGUCAUCGGUAUUGACAGAGAAAUUUGAGGGAGAUGACUGGGAUCUUGUGCUUAGUGGUGAUCGUGAAGGGUUGGAGAACGCAUUCCGUAAUGACGCUGCGCGUGUUCUCGGUGUCUCUCCACAGCAGGUGGUUAUCAUUGAUUGCCGACUCGGAAGUCUGUUGAUUGAUUAUAAAGUCAUUGGGUGCUCAUUAAAUGAUUCUGAUAUAUUAAGUACCCUUGCUGCAUGUCCCUUCUCUGAGAUGUGGUCACUAUAUGUGCCACGUGCUUCCGCUGCACGUGCGGCUAUGAUGAAGGAUUCAUCUUCUGCAACAGAAACGGUUACGCAACACCACGUGGAAUUUGAGGGUGAGGACUGGGAUUAUGUUUUGGAGAAGAGGAAACCUGAUGUCGUAAGUGCCUUUACCAAAGAAACGGCUGCUCAGUUGCAACUUAAUGAGGAACAGGUGCAGGACUUGGUGGUGAGUUACAGCGAGGAAAUGCUAAAACUUGAAUUUACCAUAACCCCACCACACAACCUAAAGAAGGAUGAUAUUGAUGAGCGUCUUAAUGAAUGUCCAUACACUGCUGUGUGGAUGCUGUAUGAAUCUAGACCACGGGAGUCAUCGGUAUUGACAGAAAAAUUUGAGGGAGAUGACUGGGAUCUUGUGCUUAGUGGUGAUCGUGAAGGGUUGGAGAACGCAUUCCGUAAUGACGCUGCGCGUGUUCUCGGUGUCUCUCCACAGCAGGUGGUUAUCAUUGAUUGCCGACUCGGAAGUCUGUUGAUUGAUUAUAAAGUCAUUGGGUGCUCAUUAAAUGAUGCUGAUAUAUUAAGUACCCUUGCUGCAUGUCCCUUCUCUGAAGUGUGGUCACUAUAUGUGCCACGUGCUUCCGCUGCACGUGCGGCUAUGAUGAAGGAUUCAUCUUCUGCAACAGAAACGGUUACGCAACACCACGUGGAAUUUGAGGGUGAGGACUGGGAUUAUGUUUUGGAGAAGAGGAAACCUGAUGUCGUAAGUGCCUUUACCAAAGAAACGGCUGCUCAGUUGCAACUUAAUGAGGAACAGGUGCAGGACUUGGUGGUGAGUUACAGCGAGGAAAUGCUAAAACUUGAAUUUACCAUAACCCCACCACACAACCUAAAGAAGGAUGAUAUUGAUGAGCGUCUUAAUGAAUGUCCAUACACUGCUGUGUGGAUGCUGUAUGAAUCUAGACCACGGGAGUCAUCGGUAUUGACAGAAAAAUUUGAGGGAGAUGAUUGGGAUCUUGUGCUUAGUGGUGAUCGUGAAGGGUUGGAGAACGCAUUCCGUAAUGACGCUGCGCGUGUUCUCGGUGUCUCUCCACAGCAGGUGGUUAUCAUUGAUUGCCGACUCGGAAGUCUGUUGAUUGAUUAUAAAGUCAUUGGACGCUCAUUAAAUGAUUCUGAUAUAUUAAGUACCCUUGCUGCAUGUCCCUUCUCUGAGAUGUGGUCACUAUAUGUGCCACGUGCUUCCGCUGCACGUGCGGCUAUGAUGAAGGAUUCAUCUUCUGCAACAGGAACGGUGACGAAACACUAUGUUGGGUUUGAGGGUGAGGACUGGGAUUAUGUUUUGGAGAAGAGGAAACCUGAUGUCGUAAGUGCCUUUACCAAAGAAACGGCUGCUCAGUUGCAUCUUAAUGAGGAACAGGUGCAGGACUUGGUGCUGAGUUACAGCGAGGAAAUGCUAAAACUUGAAUUUACCAUAACCCCACCACACAACCUAAAGAAGGAUGAUAUUGAUGAGCGUCUUAAUGAAUGUCCAUACACUGCUGUGUGGAUGCUGUAUGAAUCUAGACCACGGGAGUCAUCGGUAUUGACAGAAAAAUUUGAGGGAGAUGAUUGGGAUCUUGUGCUUAGUGGUGAUCGUGAAGGGUUGGAGAACGCAUUCCGUAAUGACGCUGCGCGUGUUCUCGGUGUCUCUCCACAGCAGGUGGUUAUCAUUGAUUGCCGACUCGGAAGUCUGUUGAUUGAUUAUAAAGUCAUUGGGUGCUCAUUAAAUGAUGCUGAUAUAUUAAGUACCCUUGCUGCAUGUCCCUUCUCUGAGAUGUGGUCACUAUAUGUGCCACGUGCUUCCGCUGCACGUGCGGCUAUGAUGAAGGAUUCAUCUUCUGCAACAGAAACGGUUACGCAACACCACGUGGAAUUUGAGGGUGAGGACUGGGAUUAUGUUUUGGAGAAGAGGAAACCUGAUGUCGUAAGUGCCUUUACCAAAGAAACGGCUGCUCAGUUGCAACUUAAUGAGGAACAGGUGCAGGACUUGGUGGUGAGUUACAGCGAGGAAAUGCUAAAACUUGAAUUUACCAUAACCCCACCACACAACCUAAAGAAGGAUGAUAUUGAUGAGCGUCUCCACGAAUGUCCAUACACUGCUGUGUGGAUGCUGUAUGAACCUAGACCACGGGAGUCAUCGGUACUGACAGAAAAAUUUGAGGGAGAUGAUUGGGAUCUUGUGCUUAGUGGUGAUCGUGAAGGGUUGGAGAACGCAUUCCGUAAUGACGCUGCGCGUGUUCUCGGUGUCUCUCCACAGCAGGUGGUUAUCAUUGAUUGCCGACUCGGAAGUCUGUUGAUUGAUUAUAAAGUCAUUGGGAGCUCAUUAAAUGAUGCUGAUAUAUUAAGUACCCUUGCUGCAUGUCCCUUCUCUGAAGUGUGGUCACUAUAUGUGCCACGUGCUUCCGCUGCACGUGCGGCUAUGAUGGAGGAUUCAUCUUCUGCAACAGAAACGGUUACGCAACACCACGUGGAAUUUGAGGGUGAGGACUGGGAUUAUGUUUUGGAGAAGAGGAAACCUGAUGUCGUAAGUGCCUUUACCAAAGAAACGGCUGCUCAGUUGCAACUUAAUGAGGAACAGGUGCAGGACUUGGUGGUGAGUUACAGCGAGGAAAUGCUAAAACUUGAAUUUACCAUAACCCUACCACACAACCUAAAGAAGGAUGAUAUUGAUGAGCGUCUUAAUGAAUGUCCAUACACUGCUGUGUGGAUGCUGUAUGAAUCUAGACCACGGGAGUCAUCGGUACUGACAGAAAAAUUUGAGGGAGAUGAUUGGGAUCUUGUGCUUAGUGGUGAUCGUGAAGGGUUGGAGAACGCAUUCCGUAAUGACGCUGCGCGUGUUCUCGGUGUCUCUCCACAGCAGGUGGUUAUCAUUGAUUGCCGACUCGGAAGUCUGUUGAUUGAUUAUAAAGUCAUUGGGUGCUCAUUAAAUGAUGCUGAUAUAUUAAGUACCCUUGCUGCAUGUCCCUUCUCUGAGGUGUGGUCACUAUAUGUGCCACGUGCUUCCGCUGCACGUGCGGCUAUGAUGAAGGAUUCAUCUUCUGCAACAGAAACGGUUACGCAACACCACGUGGAAUUUGAGGGUGAGGACUGGGAUUAUGUUUUGGAGAAGAGGAAACCUGAUGUCGUAAGUGCCUUUACCAAAGAAACGGCUGCUCAGUUGCAACUUAAUGAGGAACAGGUGCAGGACUUGGUGGUGAGUUACAGCGAGGAAAUGCUAAAACUUGAAUUUACCAUAACCCUACCACACAACCUAAAGAAGGAUGAUGUUGAUGAGCGUCUUAAUGAAUGUCCAUACACUGCUGUGUGGAUGCUGUAUGAAUCUAGACCACGGGAGUCAUCGGUAUUGACAGAGAAAUUUGAGGGAGAUGAUUGGGAUCUUGUGCUUAGUGGUGAUCGUGAAGGGUUGGAGAACGCAUUCCGUAAUGACGCUGCGCGUGCUCUCGGUGUCUCUCCACAGCAGGUGGUUAUCAUUGAUUGCCGACUCGGAAGUCUGUUGAUUGAUUAUAAAGUCAUUGGGUGCUCAUUAAAUGAUGCUGAUAUAUUAAGUACCCUUGCUGCAUGUCCCUUCUCUGAAGUGUGGUCACUAUAUGUGCCACGUGCUUCCGCUGCACGUGCGGCUAUGAUGAAGGAUUCAUCUUCUGCAACAGAAACGGUUACGCAACACCACGUGGAAUUUGAGGGUGAGGACUGGGAUUAUGUUUUGGAGAAGAGGAAACCUGAUGUCGUAAGUGCCUUUACCAAAGAAACGGCUGCUCAGUUGCAACUUAAUGAGGAACAGGUGCAGGACUUGGUGGUGAGUUACAGCGAGGAAAUGCUAAAACUUGAAUUUACCAUAACCCUACCACACAACCUAAAGAAGGAUGAUGUUGAUGAGCGUCUUAAUGAAUGUCCAUACACUGCUGUGUGGAUGCUGUAUGAAUCUAGACCACGGGAGUCAUCGGUAUUGACAGAAAAAUUUGAGGGAGAUGAUUGGGAUCUUGUGCUUAGUGGUGAUCGUGAAGGGUUGGAGAACGCAUUCCGUAAUGACGCUGCGCGUGCUCUCGGUGUCUCUCCACAGCAGGUGGUUAUCAUUGAUUGCCGACUCGGAAGUCUGUUGAUUGAUUAUAAAGUCAUUGGGUGCUCAUUAAAUGAUGCUGAUAUAUUAAGUAACCUUGCUGCAUGUCCCUUCUCUGAGGUGUGGUCACUAUAUGUGCCACGUGCUUCCGCUGCACGUGCGGCUAUGAUGGAGGAUUCAUCUUCUGCAACAGAAACGGUUACGCAACACCACGUGGAAUUUGAGGGUGAGGACUGGGAUUAUGUUUUGGAGAAGAGGAAACCUGAUGUCGUAAGUGCCUUUACCAAAGAAACGGCUGCUCAGUUGCAACUUAAUGAGGAACAGGUGCAGGACUUGGUGGUGAGUUACAGCGAGGAAAUGCUAAAACUUGAAUUUACCAUAACCCCACCACACAACCUAAAGAAGGAUGAUAUUGAUGAGCGUCUCCACGAAUGUCCAUACACUGCUGUGUGGAUGCUGUAUGAACCUAGACCACGGGAGUCAUCGGUACUGACAGAAAAAUUUGAGGGAGAUGAUUGGGAUCUUGUGCUUAGUGGUGAUCGUGAAGGGUUGGAGAACGCAUUCCGUAAUGACGCUGCGCGUGUUCUCGGUGUCUCUCCACAGCAGGUGGUUAUCAUUGAUUGCCGACUCGGAAGUCUGUUGAUUGAUUAUAAAGUCACUGGGUGCUCAUUAAAUGAUGCUGAUAUAUUAAGUACCCUUGCUGCAUGUCCCUUCUCUGAGGUGUGGUCACUAUAUGUGCCACGUGCUUCCGCUGCACGUGCGGCUAUGAUGGAGGAUUCAUCUUCUGCAACAGAAACGGUUACGCAACACCACGUGGAAUUUGAGGGUGAGGACUGGGAUUAUGUUUUGGAGAAGAGGAAACCUGAUGUCGUAAGUGCCUUUACCAAAGAAACGGCUGCUCAGUUGCAACUUAAUGAGGAACAGGUGCAGGACUUGGUGGUGAGUUACAGCGAGGAAAUGCUAAAACUUGAAUUUACCAUAACCCUACCACACAACCUAAAGAAGGAUGAUGUUGAUGAGCGUCUUAAUGAAUGUCCAUACACUGCUGUGUGGAUGCUGUAUGAAUCUAGACCACGGGAGUCAUCGGUAUUGACAGAGAAAUUUGAGGGAGAUGAUUGGGAUCUUGUGCUUAGUGGUGAUCGUGAAGGGUUGGAGAACGCAUUCCGUAAUGACGCUGCGUGUGCUCUCGGUGUCUCUCCACAGCAGGUGGUUAUCAUUGAUUGCCGACUCGGAAGUCUGUUGAUUGAUUAUAAAGUCAUUGGGUGCUCAUUAAAUGAUGCUGAUAUAUUAAGUACCCUUGCUGCAUGUCCCUUCUCUGAGGUGUGGUCACUAUAUGUGCCACGUGCUUCCGCUGCACGUGCGGCUAUGAUGGAGGAUUCAUCUUCUGCAACAGAAACGGUUACGCAACACCACGUGGAAUUUGAGGGUGAGGACUGGGAUUAUGUUUUGGAGAAGAGGAAACCUGAUGUCGUAAGUGCCUUUACCAAAGAAACGGCUGCUCAGUUGCAACUUAAUGAGGAACAGGUGCAGGACUUGGUGGUGAGUUACAGCGAGGAAAUGCUAAAACUUGAAUUUACCAUAACCCUACCACACAACCUAAAGAAGGAUGAUAUUGAUGAGCGUCUUAAUGAAUGUCCAUACACUGCUGUGUGGAUGCUGUAUGAAUCUAGACCACGGGAGUCAUCGGUAUUGACAGAGAAAUUUGAGGGAGAUGAUUGGGAUCUUGUGCUUAGUGGUGAUCGUGAAGGGUUGGAGAACGCAUUCCGUAAUGACGCUGCGCGUGCUCUCGGUGUCUCUCCACAGCAGGUGGUUAUCAUUGAUUGCCGACUCGGAAGUCUGUUGAUUGAUUAUAAAGUCAUUGGGUGCUCAUUAAAUGAUGCUGAUAUAUUAAGUACCCUUGCUGCAUGUCCCUUCUCUGAGAUGUGGUCACUAUAUGUGCCACGUGCUUCCGCUGCACGUGCGGCUAUGAUGGAGGAUUCAUCUUCUGCAACAGAAACGGUUACGCAACACCACGUGGAAUUUGAGGGUGAGGACUGGGAUUAUGUUUUGGAGAAGAGGAAACCUGAUGUCGUAAGUGCCUUUACCAAAGAAACGGCUGCUCAGUUGCAACUUAAUGAGGAACAGGUGCAGGACUUGGUGGUGAGUUACAGCGAGGAAAUGCUAAAACUUGAAUUUACCAUAACCCUACCACACAACCUACAGAAGGAUGAUAUUGAUGAGCGUCUCCACGAAUGUCCAUACACUGCUGUGUGGAUGCUGUAUGAACCUAGACCACGGGAGUCAUCGGUAUUGACAGAAAAAUUUGAGGGAGAUGACUGGGAUCUUGUGCUUAGUGGUGAUCGUGAAGGGUUGGAGAACGCAUUCCGUAAUGACGCUGCGUGUGCUCUCGGUGUCUCUCCACAGCAGGUGGUUAUCAUUGAUUGCCGACUCGGAAGUCUGUUGAUUGAUUAUAAAGUCAUUGGGUGCUCAUUAAAUGAUGCUGAUAUAUUAAGUACCCUUGCUGCAUGUCCCUUCUCUGAGGUGUGGUCACUAUAUGUGCCACGUGCUUCCGCUGCACGUGCGGCUAUGAUGGAGGAUUCAUCUUCUGCAACAGAAACGGUUACGCAACACCACGUGGAAUUUGAGGGUGAGGACUGGGAUUAUGUUUUGGAGAAGAGGAAACCUGAUGUCGUAAGUGCCUUUACCAAAGAAACGGCUGCUCAGUUGCAACUUAAUGAGGAACAGGUGCAGGACUUGGUGGUGAGUUACAGCGAGGAAAUGCUAAAACUUGAAUUUACCAUAACCCUACCACACAACCUAAAGAAGGAUGAUGUUGAUGAGCGUCUUAAUGAAUGUCCAUACACUGCUGUGUGGAUGCUGUAUGAAUCUAGACCACGGGAGUCAUCGGUAUUGACAGAGAAAUUUGAGGGAGAUGAUUGGGAUCUUGUGCUUAGUGGUGAUCGUGAAGGGUUGGAGAACGCAUUCCGUAAUGACGCUGCGCGUGUUCUCGGUGUCUCUCCACAGCAGGUGGUUAUCAUUGAUUGCCGACUCGGAAGUCUGUUGAUUGAUUAUAAAGUCAUUGGGUGCUCAUUAAAUGAUGCUGAUAUAUUAAGUACCCUUGCUGCAUGUCCCUUCUCUGAGGUGUGGUCACUAUAUGUGCCACGUGCUUCCGCUGCACGUGCGGCUAUGAUGAAGGAUUCAUCUUCUGCAACAGAAACGGUUACGCAACACCACGUGGAAUUUGAGGGUGAGGACUGGGAUUAUGUUUUGGAGAAGAGGAAACCUGAUGUCGUAAGUGCCUUUACCAAAGAAACGGCUGCUCAGUUGCAACUUAAUGAGGAACAGGUGCAGGACUUGGUGGUGAGUUACAGCGAGGAAAUGCUAAAACUUGAAUUUACCAUAACCCUACCACACAACCUAAAGAAGGAUGAUAUUGAUGAGCGUCUUAAUGAAUGUCCAUACACUGCUGUGUGGAUGCUGUAUGAAUCUAGACCACGGGAGUCAUCGGUACUGACAGAAAAAUUUGAGGGAGAUGAUUGGGAUCUUGUGCUUAGUGGUGAUCGUGAAGGGUUGGAGAACGCAUUCCGUAAUGACGCUGCGCGUGUUCUCGGUGUCUCUCCACAGCAGGUGGUUAUCAUUGAUUGCCGACUCGGAAGUCUGUUGAUUGAUUAUAAAGUCAUUGGGAGCUCAUUAAAUGAUGCUGAUAUAUUAAGUACCCUUGCUGCAUGUCCCUUCUCUGAGAUGUGGUCACUAUAUGUGCCACGUGCUUCCGCUGCACGUGCGGCUAUGAUGGAGGAUUCAUCUUCUGCAACAGAAACGGUUACGCAACACCACGUGGAAUUUGAGGGUGAGGACUGGGAUUAUGUUUUGGAGAAGAGGAAACCUGAUGUCGUAAGUGCCUUUACCAAAGAAACGGCUGCUCAGUUGCAACUUAAUGAGGAACAGGUGCAGGACUUGGUGGUGAGUUACAGCGAGGAAAUGCUAAAACUUGAAUUUACCAUAACCCUACCACACAACCUAAAGAAGGAUGAUAUUGAUGAGCGUCUUAAUGAAUGUCCAUACACUGCUGUGUGGAUGCUGUAUGAAUCUAGACCACGGGAGUCAUCGGUAUUGACAGAAAAAUUUGAGGGAGAUGACUGGGAUCUUGUGCUUAGUGGUGAUCGUGAAGGGUUGGAGAACGCAUUCCGUAAUGACGCUGCGCGUGUUCUCGGUGUCUCUCCACAGCAGGUGGUUAUCAUUGAUUGCCGACUCGGAAGUCUGUUAAUUGAUUAUAAAGUCAUUGGGAGCUCAUUAAAUGAUGCUGAUAUAUUAAGUACCCUUGCUGCAUGUCCCUUCUCUGAGGUGUGGUCACUAUAUGUGCCACGUGCUUCCGCUGCACGUGCGGCUAUGAUGGAGGAUUCAUCUUCUGCAACAGAAACGGUUACGCAACACCACGUGGAAUUUGAGGGUGAGGACUGGGAUUAUGUUUUGGAGAAGAGGAAACCUGAUGUCGUAAGUGCCUUUACCAAAGAAACGGCUGCUCAGUUGCAACUUAAUGAGGAACAGGUGCAGGACUUGGUGGUGAGUUACAGCGAGGAAAUGCUAAAACUUGAAUUUACCAUAACCCUACCACACAACCUAAAGAAGGAUGAUAUUGAUGAGCGUCUUAAUGAAUGUCCAUACACUGCUGUGUGGAUGCUGUAUGAAUCUAGACCACGGGAGUCAUCGGUAUUGACAGAAAAAUUUGAGGGAGAUGAUUGGGAUCUUGUGCUUAGUGGUGAUCGUGAAGGGUUGGAGAACGCAUUCCGUAAUGACGCUGCGCGUGUUCUCGGUGUCUCUCCACAGCAGGUGGUUAUCAUUGAUUGCCGACUCGGAAGUCUGUUGAUUGAUUAUAAAGUCAUUGGGAGCUCAUUAAAUGAUGCUGAUAUAUUAAGUACCCUUGCUGCAUGUCCCUUCUCUGAGAUGUGGUCACUAUAUGUGCCACGUGCUUCCGCUGCACGUGCGGCUAUGAUGAAGGAUUCAUCUUCUGCAACAGAAACGGUUACGCAACACCACGUGGAAUUUGAGGGUGAGGACUGGGAUUAUGUUUUGGAGAAGAGGAAACCUGAUGUCGUAAGUGCCUUUACCAAAGAAACGGCUGCUCAGUUGCAACUUAAUGAGGAACAGGUGCAGGACUUGGUGGUGAGUUACAGCGAGGAAAUGCUAAAACUUGAAUUUACCAUAACCCUACCACACAACCUAAAGAAGGAUGAUAUUGAUGAGCGUCUUAAUGAAUGUCCAUACACUGCUGUGUGGAUGCUGUAUGAAUCUAGACCACGGGAGUCAUCGGUAUUGACAGAAAAAUUUGAGGGAGAUGAUUGGGAUCUUGUGCUUAGUGGUGAUCGUGAAGGGUUGGAGAACGCAUUCCGUAAUGACGCUGCGCGUGUUCUCGGUGUCUCUCCACAGCAGGUGGUUAUCAUUGAUUGCCGACUCGGAAGUCUGUUGAUUGAUUAUAAAGUCAUUGGGUGCUCAUUAAAUGAUGCUGAUAUAUUAAGUACCCUUGCUGCAUGUCCCUUCUCUGAAGUGUGGUCACUAUAUGUGCCACGUGCUUCCGCUGCACGUGCGGCUAUGAUGAAGGAUUCAUCUUCUGCAACAGAAACGGUGACGAAACACUAUGUUGGGUUUGAGGGUGAGGACUGGGAUUAUGUUUUGGAGAAGAGGAAACCUGAUGUCGUAAGUGCCUUUACCAAAGAAACGGCUGCUCAGUUGCAUCUUAAUGAGGAACAGGUGCAGGACUUGGUGCUGAGUUACAGCGAGGAAAUGCUAAAACUUGAAUUUACCAUAACCCCACCACACAACUUAAAGAAGGAUGAUAUUGAUGAGCGUCUUAAUGAAUGUCCAUACACUGCUGUGUGGAUGCUGUAUGAACUUAGACCACGGGAGUCAUCGGUAUUGACAGAGAAAUUUGAGGGAGAUGAUUGGGAUCUUGUGCUUAGUGGUGAUCGUGAAGGGUUGGAGAACGCAUUCCGUAAUGACGCUGCGCGUGUUCUCGGUGUCUCUCCACAGCAGGCGGUUAUCAUUGAUUGCCGACUCGGAAGUCUGUUGAUUGAUUAUAAAGUCAUUGGGUGCUCAUUAAAUGAUGCUGAUAUAUUAAGUACCCUUGCUGCAUGCCCCUUCUCUGAGAUGUGGUCACUAUAUGUGCCACGUGCUUCCGCUGCACGUGCGGCUAUGAUGAAGGAUUCAUCUUCUGCAACAGGAACGGUGACGAAACACUAUGUUGGGUUUGAGGGUGAGGACUGGGAUUAUGUUUUGGAGAAGAGGAAACCUGAUGUCGUAAGUGCCUUUACCAAAGAAACGGCUGCUCAGUUGCAUCUUAAUGAGGAACAGGUGCAGGACUUGGUGGUGAGUUACAGCGAGGAAAUGCUAAAACUUGAAUUUACCAUAACCCCACCACACAACCUAAAGAAGGAUGAUAUUGAUGAGAGUCUCCACGAGUGUCCAUACACUGCUGUGUGGAUGCUUUAUUGA